AUGGAUAAACAUAGUGGAAACAAAUCAGUAAUUUUGAAUGCAAGAAGAAAUCUUGAAAACAUUCUAGGUGACGAUUGGCAAAAGUAUUUGAGCCAUCUUCGAAAAUUUUUCAGAAACGGCAGCAAAGUUGAAUUUGAUCGUGAAAUUCGUAGUUUUCUAACAAAUCGUCAAAUAUACUACCACAAUAGCUUUCUUCUUGCUAUACUAAAUACUGCUGAUGUAACUGAAACAACUCAUCAGGCUCCAACUCCAUCGACAAGUAAAACUGUAGAGAUUAUAGAGCAACAACCACCAAACCCUAAACGACGUCGUAAAAAUGACGAAAUUGUAUUCCAAGUCCAUCCAAUGAAUGAAUUUGUGAAAUCAAUAGACACUGAUCCAACCAAGAGCAGUACAAUCAGAUAUGCAGCACAAGAACUUUUCUUACCAGACAAUUCACUGAUCUAUGGUCGUUUCCUCGCUGGAUGUUGGGAUAAUGGACUUGAAUUUGUCGAUGAUCAAGCAAUUGAAUUGAUAGUUUUGGCAGUUCAAAUGAUGCUGAAAAAUAUCUUGUCACAUUGUAUACGACAGAAGAAACAUUAUAAAGUAACAUCCGAUAAAAAGUUCUACUUUGAUGUUGGCUGUGAAUUAAAAGACCCAACAAUAAGAAAUACAUUAACAAGACAAAAGAUUGAUUCGGAAAUUCCAACAGUUGAGAGAAAGCCAGCUGAUGAUUCGAUUUGUCUAUCAGCACACGAAGAUUCUUCGUAUAAUCAUCGACGGAAUAUUUCCUUGAUGGAUGUCUACAAGACAUUGAGAGACCGAAAUGUUAUACCGUCACAUUCAAUAGCAAUGCUCUCUAUAGAAAGACUAACAACACUUAUUAAUCUUUGA